UAUUGAAAACCACUAUAAAAAUAUGUACACAACCAUGACCGUUGACUUUGACUGGAAGUCCGGCGUGGCAGCCAAGGAUUGGUCCAUUGUUGCCAAGAAAGAUUCUGUUGAUCUAAUGGAAAUCGAAUUGAAGAAAAUGGUAGACGCGGUCCAAUCCAUUCACGAAGAGAUAUUUUAUCUACGCGCAAGGGAGCAUGAAAUGCAGAACCUGAAUAAGUCAACAAACUCGAAAAUGACAUUGCUUAGUUUUCUGUCUCUAUUCACAUCUCAUGUCUGUAGCUGGGCUGCAGUUUUGAAAUUUGAAAUCAUUCUUUCAAAAGAAGAGCUUAUUUAA